GGGUGCACAUGACCGUGCGGGGCAGCCUGUACGCGCUCACGUGCUGGCUGCCCAUCCACGGCGCGAGGCGGCUGGCGGUGACGACCGUGACACCGCGGCGGACAUGUUGGACGACAUACUUGAACAUGUCCGCCGCGGUCCAAAUCGGGCACGCAGUAUAUCAUAGCGUAGUCCCGCCGUCUUGUUCUCCAUCGUUUAUCUCAAGUCUCAUCGUCGACGGUCACACCACCAGCAACAUGUCUACUAUACCCAACCCCACCACUCAACCCCAUGCAUUAGCUGAGCGCAGCAAACACCGGCACGUCAAGCUCAAGCCUCCCAACGGCACCCGCAUGUCCGUCGCGGCGCAGCGGGUGGCCCGACGCCUCGCCAAGCGGACGUCCGCCUCAAAGGCUCAGCAACACGCGUACAUCUGCGCUGAUCAGGGUGUCACUGACAGUCAGCGGACCAAGGGUCGCCCGCCAAAUCCACACGUCAUUCGCCGGAUUCGCCUGGGCGAGCUCUCCCAGGUCGAGCAGCCAACGCCCUACAUCUCCAUUCCUUUCAAGAGGAAGAGACUACCCGGCGUCGUCAUUUUAUUUGACGAGGAAUACGACGACGAAGGAGGGCGUCAGCCGACUUUCAAGCGGCGCAUGGUCAUUGAACGCGUCCGACAGCCCCGGGUCAGAGCCUAUCCAGACUGGCUCGACAGAGGACAAGUCGACAAACAUCCGACACCUGCCUUGACCGAGCAAGCGAUUCCCUCCAUCCCUGGCAAAAGGAAGAGAAAGUCCGAGACACUCGAGAUCUCUGACGGAGGGCUCGAAGACAAGGAGGAACGUCGACCCAAACGCAAGCGGUGCAUCGUCAAGAAGCGCAGCCUGCUUCCUGGCCUCAAAGUCUUUCCGGACUGUGUUGCUGUAGUUAAGAUCAAGUCACAGGAGGCUGCUUUGACUACCGCCAGUGCUUCGUUGGACAUCGCCAAUGCCUCCUCGGAUACCGCAUGCUCUUCGUCGGAUAAUGCCAACGUCUCGUCGGAUACUGCUAGCGACACUGGAAGCGUUACUGUCAUUGGAGACGAGAAUGCCGAGCCGACGAAGAAGCAAGAGGAACUGCUCAUGAACGAAGACAUUCUCACAGCAUCGGCACAAGAUAUUCUCAUCGGCUCAGUGAUCGAGAAGCUCGAAGCCCUUUCCCUGGCCGAUGACGAUGAAGUCAUCGUCGCCCUAGGCCAGCUUCUAUGCACAGUCGGGUUCAAGGAAACGGAUAUGGACGACACGGACGCAUUUGUGCACGGUCCCGGGGACCACCGCGACGACUACCUUCCGGUUCAUCGCGCUGUCCUCAGGACGUCGUACGUCAUCAAGGUCCAGUUCCAACUGGCUAAGAACGUUUCGUUGAAUCUCUCCGGUCCACGCAGGUCUCGCGUUGAUAUGGCUCCAAAGGCCGAACCAGCCCAGCUUACUGUCAAUGCCGGCAUCGAACCACCGUCAAGGAUAGCGCAUGGCCUUCUGACGCAUGAUGAGAUGACUGUAGAUGGACCUCCGGAGAUUGAAGAGCACGAAAUGGCGGAGAAUGAAGAUGGCGAGCCUAUUCCUGCGAUCGUGCCUGCUGCUGCCCCCCAAGCAGUAACAUCGCCACCUCCGCCGUACCGAGCACCCUCCAGCCCCAUCAUCCACUUCUCUCCGACUCCUCUUCCAGCCAUGCCUGCCCUCGUGUCGUUGCCCCCACCUCCAUACAGUACUCCUCCAUCAGUCAUCGACCAUCCUCUCUUCAAGCCUCCAUCCCUUCUCUUCGCGGCACAGCUGGCGGCGCAGCCUUCGUUCCCGGCUAUGCAUGGAAUUCCGUUCUUGUCUCUUCUGCGGUCCCAAGCGGCCCGGCAAGCACGGAACCCAUCUGCACCUGCGCCUCAGUCCCGUCCGGAAAUGCCAGCAUUGCCAUCGUCGUCUUCCGCUGGGCCGCCUUCUUUGACACCAGCCGUUGAGCCUCCUCCCGCUCCAAACUCAGCGUCUUCGUCAACGGCAAACGAUGAGGACCGCUGGGAGGAGCUCUUUGGCGCCGAUGAAGAAGAGAAGGCCACGACGACUGCCGAGGGAGCAUGGGAGGCUGCGUUUGGACUGGAUCCCGAAUGCUGAUAGCCCUGCCUAGUCCUCCUUACUCAAUAUACCCCUGCUCGAUAUGCCCUUGCCUGAUAUACCCCUGCUUAAUAUACCCUGCAUUAUAUACCCCUGCUUGAUAUACCCUUGCUCGAUAUACCCCCCUUUACAUCACACCCCAUCUCCCUGCACGAACCCCAGACUCACAUGCUGCAAGUCUCGCGUAUGCUAUCAUCCAUAGAAGAAAACCGACCAAACCCAGACAAAAAUCCCAAAAAAACACAACAUAAAGAAAACCCCACGAGACAUCGCAGCACUCAUCUCCCUGGACCGCCUCCGUGGUUCCCGACACCUGUUCCUCAGGCUGUCCGCGCGUCAGAGUAUGCGCUGCUCGCUUCCUCUCGACGCCGAGGAACCACCACGACCGUCGAUGCCGCCUCUGCACCAUGACCGGCUCGUUCGCUUCCGGUCGCGUGCAACCGUACCGCGACAAUGACGACAUCUACCCAGGAGCACAC